CGCUGCUGAGGUCUUUGAAUCUGUCUAUCGUGACGUUGAAAGUUCAAUCGUCAAUUCUGGAUUGCGUCUUUUUUUUUUUUCCCUGAAAAAAUUCCACCGCCAUUACAAACAAUAUAUCAAAGCUCUCCGUUGUUCCUGUAUACUCUUGUCUUCCCGAGUUCCAUGUUUGCAGAUCUUUGAGGAUAUCGAAAUUGCAGCUAAUAAUACAUGGAAAGACAUCAAUUAUAAAGUAUGGAGGCUUUCAUUACUGCUGCGGCGUUCAUUACGGCCAAAUUGACUGUGCUCUUGUUGAAGGACCUUGUCUUUUUCAAACUCAACAUCGAUGAGUUGAAUCAAGAAGUUGAGAGACUUUCUGCUAUAGCAGGUCUUCUCGACUAUACAAUUGACAGUGCAAGGCGUAACGGAGAAAAAAUCGAUGAAGAUCCUCACCGAUGGAUGAACAAAUAUAACGACCUGAUGAUUACAGUAGCAGAGUUCAUGGAUGAAGUAUGGCGCGCAAGGUCGAAGCGUUCUAGAUACAAUUUAUUAACCUGGCGUAAGCUAAGUAGAAAAGCCAGAAAGCUAAGACAAAAUAUCAUUGAAAUCGAAAGAAGAGGUGAAUUUUACUGUAUUUCUCCUACGUUUACUAAUCCUCCAAAAUUAGAGUACGAUGGCAUCUCAACAUCCAAAGAGGUCAUGAAAAUGCUGAAAAAUCCUUAUAUCCGCAUAAUUGGUGUGUACGGUCAAGGUGUGUCAAACACUUCUUUAACAAAGGAAGUCGCAGAAAAAGCUGAAGAAGACAAGUUAUUUGAUGUGGUGAUUAGGGCAGUUGUAACACGAAAUCAACAAAUAGAGAUUCUACAAAACCAAAGGAGUGAAGAGAAAGCCGGAAAUAAAGAUAGGCUAAUAUCUAUGUUGAUAAUUUUGGAUGACCUUAGGCAAGAGCUUGAUCUGGGUGAAAUAGAAAUUCCAUUGGGUGAUGCUCAUAGAGCAGUGUGCAAAAUACUACUGACUUCAAGAGAUGAAGAGGUAUUAUCCAGGAUGGUUAUGGAAGCAACCUUGCAGCUAGUUCGCAGCAAUCAUACCCUGAGCCGCGCAUGUUCCUCUAAAAUUAAAAAUCAGCCACCAAAGGCAAUCUCAUUUUCAAUGGAGACAGAUGUUGGCACACCUGAGGAACUUGAGAGAUCUGAGGACUUACCAGUCAAGCCUUCUUCUAAUAUUGCUGAUAAGGCAAAAGUUUCUUAUGUGGAGCCAGAGGCAUAUGAGGAGUCAAAGGAGUCAAGUAUAUUGGUAGUUGAGGACUUGAGCGAGCCUUCUAACAUUGCAGAUAAGCCACCAAAGGCAAUCUCAUUUUCAAUGGAGACAGAUGUUGGCACACUUGAGGAACUUGAGAGAUCUGAGGACUUACCAGUCAAGCCUUCUUCUAAUAUUGCUGAUAAGGCAAAAGUUUCUUAUGUGGAACCAGAGGCAUAUGAGGAGUCAAAGGAGUCAAGUAUAUUGGUAGUUGAGGACUUAAGCGAGCCUUCUAACAUUGCAGAUAAGCCACCAAAGGCAAUCUCAUUUUCAAUGGAGACAGAUGUUGGCACACCUGAGGAACUUGAGAGAUCUGAGGACUUACCAGUCAAGCCUUCUUCUAAUAUUGCUGAUAAGGCAAAAGUUUCUUAUGUGGAGCCAGAGGCAUAUGAGGAGUCAAACGAGUCAAUUAUAUUGGUACUUAAGGACUUAAGCGAGCCUUCUAACAUUGCAGAUAAGUAUGAAGACUCCCACUCUUCAGUUUUAGAGCCGAAUCCAGGAAAACCAUCCUCAUCCGUAGAUUCUGGCAAACGAGAUGAUAUCACCAAUGAGGAACGUGAAGAUAGAUCACUCAUUGCCCAUAGUUUUCUCUUCCCUAUUGAUUAUGAGUUUACCAAAGAAGAUUUGAUCAGAUUAUGGAUAGCGGAAGGGCUUUUUCAGAAAAAUCAGAGCCCAAGGAAUAGAGCAGAAGAUGAUGCUGGGGUCUUGUUUGACUCAUUUGUGCAGCGAGAAGUAAUAAUUUCCUCUAGAACUGACCCGGUCUUGGAUUUUCAUAAUCCCAACAAAAGAAGGUUGCUCUAUAAAUUUUCCAGAUUGGCAGAAUCUUUACUCAGCCCUACUAUUUUUGAUGCCAGAUCUGUUAGAAUCUCAGAUGUGCCUGAAGUGGUAACGCACAUGUGCAUACUUUGUAAAAGCUUUGAUGAUACGAAGUUUAACGCUAUAAAAAGGUUCAAGUAUCUUCGGACUCUUUUCUUACUUCCUGAUCAUGGGGUCUCUUUCAAAAAAGUUCCUCGUGAUCUCUUCUUGAGCCUGAAGAAUUUGACAUCAUUGAACUUCAGUUAUAGCCUUUUGUCUGAAUUACCAAGUUCCAUUGGGUAUUUGAAAUCAUUACGGUAUUUGGAUCUCUCUCACACACCCAUGAAGGAGUUGCCUGAUUCGAUUGACAAUCUUCAAAAUUUACAAACUCUGAACCUCAGAGGUUGUUUCAAUCUAGUUGAGUUACCCAAUGGCAUGAGUAAGCUCACCAAGCUCAGGCAUCUUGAUUUUGAUGUUAUUAGACAGUUGCAAUCUAUGCCAUCUGGAAUUAGCAACUUAACUAACCUUCAAACUUUGUCAGCGUUUAUUGUUGGCAAAGAAAAAGGAUACAGAAUUCAAGAGCUGGGAAGCAUCAGAAAUCUUACUGGAUCAUUUUGCGUUUCGAGGCUUGAGAAUGUUCUAGACAUAGAAGACGCUGAGGAAGCAGCUUUGAUUGAUAAGAAUUACCUCACUACUUUGGAGCUAAGGUGGAGCGGUAAAAUAGUUGAAAAUAUUAACACCAAUGAUGAGAAAAUACUUGAACAUCUUCAACCCACAUUGCACCUACAAGAACUGCGAAUACUAGACUACGGUGGUUCCAAGCUUCCAACGUGGAUUAGUGACCCAUUGUAUGAAUGUCUAGUUGAUCUUUCUCUCUACAGUUUCAAAAACUGUCAGUUCCUUCCAUCCCUUGGUGAUUUGCCAUCACUUCAGUCUCUGCACAUCACAAAAAUGGAUGAGUUAAAGAGAAUAGACCAGCUAUUCUGUAGAAAGAGUAGUGGUAAUUCACAGGAUCAUGCAUUUCCUCGUCUUGAAAAACUAGUCUUUGAAGACAUGCCCAAAUUGGAAGAGUGGGAUGGAGUAAAAAGCGGUGAUUUCCCAUCCUUGCAUGCCCUGCGGUUGAAAAACUGCCCCAGAUUGAAAUCACUUCCUCGACUGUCAUGCUUAAGCGAGUCCCUUAAACAUUUAGAAACGAGCUACUGUCACAAUAUUAUGCCAUUUCUAGAUGGACAAGAGAAUGUUUCUCUUGAAACUCUUCUCAUCAAGGAUUGCCCGAAACUUAAAACAUGCUUUGACAAAUCGCAGGGCCAAGAUUGGCCAAAGAUAGCACAUGUCCCCGUUAUUUUGAUUGAUGAUCAAGAAAUCUCUUCGGUCAAUUGUUGAUCGAUCUGGUCGUUUCAACAGGUUCAGUUAGACCACUUUCAAUUCAAGAAUGAUUGAAGAAAAUGUUUUCCAUUCAAUGUGUACAUGGAGCUCAAGGAGAAUACCCAGGAUUGUAAUCUUAAUGGCUAGACUGGAAGAACACAUAUUUUGUAGUUUGUUCAUUCGUGUUCAAGUAUGAAAGUGUUUUUCCUGGUCAACGAUUUCAAUUUCUAAUUUUCUCAUCUAUAUAUUGGAAAUAAACGCUCGUCUGUACUUGUAUCUAAUUACAGUGAAUUAUUUAUUAUGCUAUACUGUCUCAA